UUCCGCCAUGGCCUCCACGGAAGGGAGUCGGGCGCUCCCCGGAUCUCGGCACGAGCAGGCGGGACGCGGGAGGCGACAGGACAAGUAUUCCGUGCUCCUGCCGACCUACAACGAGCGUGAGAACCUGCCGCUCGUUGUGUGGCUGCUGGUGAAAAGCUUCUCCGAGAGUGGAAUCAACUAUGAAAUUAUAAUCAUAGAUGAUGGAAGCCCAGAUGGAACAAGAGAUGUGGCUGAACAGCUGGAGAAGAUCUACGGGUCAGACAGAAUUCUUCUGAGACCUCGAGAGAAGAAGUUGGGGCUAGGAACUGCAUACAUUCAUGGAAUGAAACAUGCUACAGGGAACUACAUCAUCAUAAUGGAUGCUGAUCUGUCACACCACCCAAAAUUUAUUCCUGAAUUCAUUAGGAAACAAAAGGAAGGGAAUUUUGAUAUUGUCUCUGGAACUCGCUACAAAGGAAAUGGAGGUGUCUAUGGCUGGGAUCUGAAAAGAAAAAUGAUCAGCCGUGGGGCCAAUUUUAUUACCCAGAUUUUGUUGAGACCAGGAGCAUCUGAUCUAACUGGAAGUUUCAGAUUAUAUCGAAAAGAAGUUCUACAGAAGUUAAUAGAAAAGUGUGUUUCUAAAGGCUACGUCUUCCAGAUGGAGAUGAUCGUUCGGGCAAGGCAGCUGAAUUAUACCAUUGCUGAGGUUCCAAUAUCAUUUGUGGAUCGUGUUUAUGGUGAAUCCAAGUUGGGAGGAAAUGAAAUAGUCUCAUUCUUGAAAGGAUUAUUGACUCUUUUCGCUACUACAUAAAAGACAGUUGCUCCUUUGUGCUUACCAUGUUCAUUUGAAUGUAAGCAAGAAAGCAGCCUGAUUACUGAUGUCUAUAAAUGUACUCUUAGAGCAUGAAGCAGAAGGGAAGGUGAACCAUGCAGACACAUUUUGUGGAAAAGCUCCAUUUUAUACUAAAAAUUAAACAAUUUCAAAUUUACUGGUUGAAUGGGCAAUGUUCUCAACUUUGAUUUAUGUUUUGCUGCAUUAAGACCUAUGAAUAAAUGUAUAUGGAUUUUUUUGCAUAAAAUAUUGACUUCAUUAGAGCAUAUGAACCCAGAAUUUCUUACAUGAGAAAGUGAAAUAUUCCGUAUAAACUAGAUUCGUAGUUCUUUAUACCUAGUUUGUACCAGAAGAGAUAGGUUAAGAACAUUCAUGAUUUAUAUGUGGUGGUUUCUGUAUGAAUUAAAAAAUACAGACAUCUAGCCUUUCCUUAAAAGAAUGUCUCCAGCUUCUUACGGCAGAUUAAAGAGGACACUCUGAGCACACUGUUGAGUUGGGUUCUUUCUAGCUGCUGAAUGGGGAGUCGUCUGCCAGUGAAGGGUGCAGCGUGUGCACUGGGAGUUGGAAGCAGGGCAGCAGUUAGCUGCACAGUGUUUUUCUUCUCUAUUGAGCAUAACCUGUAUCAACAAGGAAGCGUAUUGGUAACAGGCAUAAACUUAGCAGUUACAGCAAUUUUUAAACAUUUUACUGAAAACAUUUGUUUUCAUGCUAUUUCAAGACCUUCCACCGAGCUCCUGUAGCCUUACUAAUACGACAGAAUCUUCCCAGGAGCUCAUGUCUCCUGUCAGUUAAACUGCUGGGUAAGUUGCUCAAGGCCAGGCAAAAAUUCCACUUACCAAGCUCCUCUAAGCAGGUAUUUAGCCAAAGAAAUCGUAGCACAGCUUUGGCUCCUGUAGUGUCUAUGAAAUGAGUAACGACAAUAUGCUUACGAUCAAGUGGACUUUUCUUUGUAAAUAAAAGAAAUGUCUCAGCUAUUUGUCAUAUUUAGUGAACAGGAAUCCUAGUAACUACAUUUUCCUGAAGGCCUCAGUUUUCAUUUGUGUUUCUCUCUGACCCUACCAGAAACGAAUACUAGACUUACAAAUGCUUUGGCGCCAUUUUGAACAUAAACCCUCUUCGUCUUCAUCAUUGAACCGGUAAUACACAUUCCAGUAAG